GAGGGGACGGAGAGGGGGAAGGGAAAAGCGCGACAGAGAGAAGAAACAGCGAGCGUGGAAGGGGGAAGAGAGGACGAUAAGGAAAGAGGAAGAAGAAAGAGAGAUUAGGAAAACGACAGCAAGGAGAAGCGGAGCGUGUGCGCGGAAAGGGAGGGAGAGAGAGAGAGAAAGGAAGAGGAGUGUGUGAAGGAGAGAGAGAGAGAGACAAAGAGAUCGGAAGGAGAGAGAGAUCAGGAAGAGAGCGACACAAAGAGGUGAGGGAGGAGGAGGGGGACAGGGCCGAGGGCCGGGCUGGACCGGACGGAGCCCGCUCCACAGGCGGGAAUGGCUGCGGUGGGCGCGCCGGACAGCAGCCCCCAGCCCCGGGUCUAUUUCCAGGCGGUGAGCGGCGCCGAGGACCCGGAACCCCCCCAGAGGAAGCAGGGCAAGGUGACGGUGAAGUACGACCGGAGGGAGCUGAGGCGGCGCCUCAACCUGGAGGAGUGGAUCAUCGAGCAGCUCACCGUGCUGUACGACUGCGAGGAGGAAUCCAUCCCCGAGCUGGAGAUCGACGUCGACGAGCUCCUGGACUUGGCCAGCGACGAGGAACGGGCCGCGAGGGUGAAGGAUCUCCUGAUCGACUGUUACAAGCCUACUGACGAAUUUGUGAAGGAACUUCUCAGCCGAAUCCAGGGCAUGCAGAAAUUCAACACACCCCAAAAAUACAGCCCCCACCAGCCGAAGUGAAGAUGGGGUGGGAGGGGGCGGGUUCAGGGGUGUGCUAGGGAACUUGAGGUGGGACGGAUUGGGGGUACAGGUUAGGGAGGAGGGUUUUGGAGGGUGAGGUACGGGUGGUGGGAGGCAGGCAUGAAGGCCUCAGGACUGGGUUGCCAAGGCAACGGUUGAGGGGGCUGGUGGGAUCUCUGUAUUCUCCCCCCACCACCUACCCCACCCAGGGGAAGAUUAGGGAGGUCGUUGUUUCUGCCGCCAAUUCAGUGCCCCCUGUUAAUGCCUGGAGGUUUUAUUUUUGCUGUAAUUAAUUUUAUUAACGUGUAAACUGGUGGGUUUUUUUUAUAUAUGAAACGGAAUUAAAAACAAAAGCUUUACUUUAAAAAAAAAGGAAGCGAAAUUGGGAGCCGGAUUUCCUUUGCUCUGACAAUGUGUCUUUUUGGGGUCAGGGAGGUGGGAACGGGACCGGAGGCUACACUGGGUCAAGUUGGGCCAAUGAAAGAGAAAGGGGAGGCCUGGGGGCCUAGAUACCCUGGGGUAGGCCCAGGAUUAGGGGCCCAAACAACCCAAAAUUCUACAGUGGGUGGAUGUCUGUGGUACAACCCUGCGACCUCAGGACAGGCUAGGGGUUAAGGUCCCACGCCUCUCCCAAAGGCCCUAGGCUUCAUCUUCAGCCUGACCCGUAGUUUUACCC